AUGAAUUUGAAAUCAUUCUUUUUUAUCUGCAUAAUUCUAGCAUGUUUGGAAUCAGUAAUAGCUGGACCAAUCAAGGUAUUGACACCCAGUGAGGAUGAUUUCUAUAGUCUACCAGAUGGAUAUGAAGACAAGGAGCCAGGGACAAUAUUGAAGAUUAGAAAACCACCCCAAAGACUCAGAAGUGUUUAUUUCCCCAUCCUGGUGAAAGAUGCUUGGCAAGCAUUGGUAAGAACAACAGACUCUAACGGAAACGCAACUGCCAUAGUAACCACGAUUAUUGAGCCUUUCAAUGCAGAUCCUAGCAAGGUUGUUUCUUAUCAAAUUAUGCAAGAUUCUGCAAGCGUUAACUGUUCGCCCUCUUAUUCGUUGUUAUAUGGUGCUUCAAUGACUACAGUUUUCGCUCAAGUUGAAAUGUACCUUAUCGAUGUGGCCUUGAUGAAAGGAUGGUACGUAGUUAUCCCAGAUUAUGAGGGCCCAAAAGCAGCCUUUACUGCUGGAAAACAGUCCGGACAAUCAACUUUAGACUCCAUAAGAGCCACUUUAAAAACUACUAAUGUCACAGGUAUUAAAGAAGAUGCUAAAGUUGCAAUGUGGGGUUAUUCUGGAGGUACAAUUGCCACUGGUUGGGCCGCUGCUUUGCAACCAACAUAUGCUAAAGAAUUAAAGUCUAACUUAAUAGGUGCAGCCAUGGGCGGCUUUGUAACUAAUAUUACAUCCACAGCAGAAGGUGUGGAUGGCACUCUUUUUGCUGGAUUAACGGCAAGUGCUGUAACGGGUUUAACACAGGAAUAUCCUCAACUUCAUUCUAUGGUAGAAAAGUUAUUAAUUCCAAGCCAAUAUCUCAAGUUUUCUAAAGCUAAAUCAUUGUGCUUCAUACCCUCUAUAAUAACAUAUGCUUUCCAACACAUUUUCACUGGGCCCAAAAGAUAUGUCGACGAAGGUUGGGCAUUAUUCCUGGAUCCAACUAUUAAAAAAGUUAUCGAUGAGAAUACUCUUGCUUUGAAAAAAGGAGAUCCAGUUCCUGAAAUUCCAUUGUUUGUAUUUCAUGGAGAGUUGGAUACGAUUGUCGCAUAUAAAGAUUCUGUGAGAGCGUAUAAUAACUGGUGUGAUUGGGGUAUUGAUUCUUAUGAAUUUGCUAUCGACGAAACAACAGGACAUAUUACUGAGUUUAUCGAGGGAAGUCCGGCUGCCAUAGCUUGGUUAACUAAAAUGUUUAAUGGUGAAAAGCCUGUAAAAGGCUGCAAAAGCACUAAAAGAUUCACUAAUCUCUUAUACCCCGGUGCGAAUACUUCUGUUGCAGAUGUACUCUCUGGUUCAGUGAAAACCAUUUUCGGUGAAAACUUUGGCCCAAAUGCUGAAAAUAUUGGUAAUGGCGGUAGAAAUAUGACUCAUGUCAAAAGGUCUUUAGAAGAAUUGGGAGUACCGUUAGAUUUCGCCGAAGCGUCCAUAUAA